AUGUAUUCUGGUCCGAUGCAAGUAGAGCCGCAUUCAAGGAGUUUGGUGAUAUGGUUGUGCACUCAUGAUCUCCAAGGAAGACACAGAGACCCCAAACUCAAAAGCAAUGAAUGGUUACUUGGCUUGUAUGAUGAGAGGGAACGAUGGGUGCCUGCAUUUGUAAAGGAUAUAUUUUGGGCAAGAAUGUCAAGUACACAAUGGAGUAAAGGUAUGAAUUCAUUCUUUGAUGGUUAUAUCAACUCAAAGACUACCUUAAAACAAUUUGUGGAGCAAUAUGAAAAUGCUUUGGCAAAAAGGAUGGAGAAAGAAAAUGAGACGGAUUCUAGUUCAUUGAACUCCUACAUCCCAUGCUUCACUCAAUAUGAGUUGGAAGAACAAUUUCAAAGGGCUUACACUCUUGCCAAAUUUAAGGAGGUCCAAAAUGAGUUGGUUGGGAUGAUUUACUAUAACUUGAAUCUAAGUAAGGAAGGUGAUGGUUUUUCCGAAUAUGAAGUACGGGAGGAUGUGUUGUGUGGAAAAAAGAAAAAGCGGGUAAUUUUCAAAGUUUGUUUUAAGGAUAACGGUAGUGAAGUUAACUGUAAUUGUCAUUUGUUUGAGUCUCGGGGUAUACUGUGCAAGCAUUGUAUUAUCGUGUUUCUUGAAAAGGGGAUUGAUCGGUUACCUAAAAAGUAUAUCUUUAAUAGAUGGAGCAAAUUUGUAAAAAGAUGUCGCACUAAAGUUCAAAUUAGCUAUGACAAAUCAGCUACCAAACCUGAGCACGCCGUUACGACAACAUGCGCAAUGAGUUCUUCAAGCUUGCGGAGUUAG